GGAAAGUGGAGGGCGAGGGGCCCGAGUGGCACGGGCACUUGACAGCACUUUCCGUGGCCCCGGAGGCGCGGGGCUGUGGGGUGGCUUCUUUGCUGCUGCAGCAGCUGGAAGAAGUUUGCUGCUGCGUCUACAAGUGCUGCUUCCUGGACCUUUUUGUGCGCGUCAGCAACUUUGCUGCUGUUUGCUGCUACUCCAAAAGGGGCUACAAAGUGCAUGCAACCAACAAGGGCUACUACUGCGGCUCCGAAGACGCGCUCGACAUGCGCCUCUUUUUCCCCGCAAACCAGCAGCAGCAGCAGCAGCAGCAGCAGCAGCAGCAGCAGCAGCAGCAGCAGGAGCGGGGCAGGCGCAGGAAGGGGAAACGUUGA